AGCGGGUUUCAAACAGGAAGACGUUACCAGCCAGCCAGUCAGAGAGCCAGAGUAUCCAGGAGACAGAGACACCCCCAAACCACAACCACCCUCAAGUUAAAUGGCACUUCCAUUUUCUCUCCAAGAUUCCUCACUUCUCAGUGGUAUAGAACCUCUUCCACUCUCCUCUCCUACUUCUUACCAGAACUCGCCUCGAUCUGUCUCUCCUUCAUCUGUCACACAUUCUCCAUCCUCCACCCCUCUGAGACGUGCAGCUACCUCUGAAUUGACAUCCCAGCUAUAUGCAUCUCUAAGACACAGCCAAGAAUUACAAGAAGAGAAGACAGAGGAGGUAUUUACAGACACCAAAAUAGCAACGGCAACAUUGACUGAGGGUCACAUCAUGUUAUCGGAGGUGGAUCAUCUGGAAUGUCAAGAAGACAUGCCAAGAAGACUACAAGAGGGCGCUGAGGCAUCCCGCAAGAAAGAGGAAUCCCAAUACAUUUCACAAAUGGAAUCCCUGAGAUAUCACCUACAGAACAUGCUGAGUGUGAACAAUCCUGGGACAUCACACGGUACAUUGAUAGAUAAAAGAGAAGAUGAUCGGAGUGACAGCACAAGUACAUUGCUUAACCAGCGUCCACUGUCCCCUGCUCUGUCGCUUUCUGGUCUGGAGGCACUCUUCCCACGUUACUCAACGCUGUACAAUGCGGCCCCCUCUCUCCCUGACCUGCAGCUGAGAGAUGCGCUAGAGAGGGAGACCACUCGACGUAAGCACCUUGAACGUCACAUUCAGAACCUGCAGAAUGAAAUGUUGGAGUUGCAGCAGCGACUGACCGUGUCUGUGACAGCAGACCGAAGAAAGGACACGAUGAUUCAGCAGCUGGAUCAGACUCUGGCUGUGGUGGUGGGAGGAUGGAAACAGCAGGAGAAGAAGAGAGAGGAGAUGGUGAUGCAGCUGCAAGAGGAGAAACAGGAGACUGAGCGAGCCAGACUGAGAGACCAGGAGGUCCUGGUAGAGGUGCGGCAAGAGCUGACACAGGCAUUAGAAGCUUUGGCCAAAGUGGAACAGACAGCAGCUGAGGAGCAAAGAGUGCUGCAAAGCCAGGUUGAUGAGAAGACAAUGCUGGUUACGAAGCUCCAGGCAGAGCGAGAGAUUGAAGAAAAGACUUUGGUGGAAGAAAGGAGGGAGAUGGAGAUCCUAAAACUUCAGAUAGCGAAGCAGCUCAACGAUUGGGAGUCUAGGGAGAGGGAGCUGCAGGAACAAUGUGAAAAACUGCAGGAGGAGAAAAGGAGAGAAGUGGAAAAUGAGAGGGCUCUGGCUCAGCAGGAGUAUCAGAAGUGCCAGGAAUUGCAGCUGGCCCUCUCCUCCCUGCAGGGCGAUAUUGUCCGGUUAGAGCGUGACUUGCAGACAUCGCACCGGGAGAUAGACACUCUACAGAUGGAGCUAAACCUGGAGAAGGCUCGCAGCGAGUCUGAGAGAGUGCGGAUUGAGAGUGAACACAAAAUACGCUUAGAAGAAGUGAUCACUGAGAAAGUGAGUGCAGUUCAUGAGGAGAGUGCUCGACACCUAUGUGCAGUAAGGGAACAACACAGGCGACAAUUACUGGAGCUCACCUCCCAGCAUGAGCGAGAAUUAUCCAGCCAGCUGUCCGACUUCAAGACAGAUCUGCAAGAGCGGGAAAGACGCCACAAGGAUGCCAUCAUGGAGUACGAGCUAAAGCUGUCUCACUCAGAAGAUCGGACGCGGGAGCUGUCUGCAGCGCUUCGUCGGCUAGAGAGUGAGAGAGCAGAGAUGCUAAUACAGUUGCAGGAGGUUAUGAAGAGCCACUGGAGUCAGGCACUCAGAGUGCUUUCUGCCAAGACAUUUUCUGAAAGCUCAGACAUCUGCCCAUCACUAGCUGUACCCCUCCAGACAUCUUUGUGUAAAGAUUCAGAGACACAGUGGCGUCCAUACCUACUAAACAAAAGUGGAAAACAAGAAGAGGCUAAGGACCAAGAAGGUCACAGCAUGGGAGCAGUGAAUCUCUUCAAAAAUAAUACUACUGGCACUGUCCAGGAGACCAGCAGCUCACAAGCAAUGGAUGGUAGCCAUAUCAAAAACGGCAGCAGUCGAUCGCUAUUAGGAGGUAGUCGUCUUGGUGAUAGCAGAAGCCAACAUUUGGAAGAAAGCAGUUGUGAAAGCCAACAGAUGAUGGGUAGUAGGCAUGUGACUGAAUGUGAUAGCCUAGACCCACUUAAGCACAAUCAGACCGUGGAAAACAGAAGCCAAUACUUGAUUGGGAGUAGUCCCUUGAACGACACACAUUUCACAUUCUUAGGGAGUGAUCCGUUCAGAAGCCAAAACAUGCUGGGCAACAGUGGAAGUGAUCAGCAAGUGUUGUCCAGGAGCCAAUCCAUAUUAGAUACUAGCCAGAUCAAAGCUGAAACUAGCCAACUCUUUGGUGUUAAAGGAAAAUCAUUGAUAAAGAGAGACAAUCUUGUCCAAAAUGCCACAAUAAAAAGCCAUUCGGAUGAGACUACUAAUCAAUCCAUAAUAGACAAUCAGCAGCGAAGGACACCUAGUCAAAAUAUUUUUCACACUGACUACAUGAAGAGGUUUAACCAGCCUCUGAAUUUUAUGGAAACAGGUGACUUUGAAGGUUUUGGUAAUAGACCAAUCCGUACCUGCAAUACGCAAUCUGUGGUAAACAGCCAACUGACAAGCCAGCCAAGGCUAGAAACUGACAUUAAGCAUAACGAUUUCCACUCUGCAGUGGACCUUACUCUGUUCAGUAAGAUCAGCAGCCAGCUUGGGCUUGUUAAUUCCCAAAAAGACUCCGGUCAUACUUGGGCCACUCAGCGAAAUGUUGAGGGACCUAUUUCAAAACAUUCUGUCCAAGGUUCCAACUGGCAACAAAGCAUGAACUACGGCCACCGAGAGGAGAGGACCCACCAGCCAAGAGUCCAGGUUACAGACCCAGAAGAGGACUUCUAUCCUAUGCAAAUGGAGGAACUGAGUCAAAGCUUUAGUAGCCACAUGGGAUUCUACCCUCUGGAACCAAUUCCUGAUCGAGCUACAAUUGGAACAGUCUCUGAAACUAGCACCCAAAUCUCUCCAGAGCACCCCUUCCAGGAGGAGCCAUCAUCCAAGUAUGGGAAAUCAAAUGUCCGCAGCCUGGAGACACCUCAAAACAUGAACGCAAACACAGAGCAACUGUCCCCUAACCCCCUACUUCAGUACUACAUCCGAAUGUUACUUGAUCGAACUCCGGGGGAUCCCUUCAGUGACGAACUUGAAAGCAAGUCCUCCGAAACUCACCCAGAUGCCUCUUAUCCCAAUACAGACAUGGCUGAGCUUUGUCAGUUCUUGCAGAACAGAACCAACCAGCAGCCAAGGUCUGAUGACAAUCCUCCAAAGAAACCAGUUCCUAAAGUUCAUGGAGCAGUAAAGAAAGAGGUGCUCCCAUCUCAGCGACGCCCUGCCCAAGCUAAAGUCAUAAAGAGGGUUUCAGCCCGGGGUGGGCGCCCCGGAGUUUGGAAGUAAGAUUAUGUGGACUCCAACAUCAACAUGUAAAUAGCUAUGACCUAAACAAAUAGUGCAGUUCUAAUGGAUACACCAAAUAAAAUAAAACCUUUAUUGUGCAGAACCCUGAAUGACCCCGAAUAUAUGGAGCGGAGUAUUCAUGCAGUGUGUAGAUACAUUUAGGUUCACUGCUCAAUGCGCAUGUGAUGUUUGUUGUGACAGUGUCACUUUAAAUAUGCUCCACCUCUCAAAGCACUAUAUACAAUACCCAUGAUGUGCUACGUACAGAAGCAGUAGGCAGGGCAAGCAGUCUGGCAAUGGAAACCAUUUUUAUAAUUUUAUAUGUUUUGUUCUAUCAUUGCUCUCUUGUAUAGACUGUGUGAAAAACGUUUGUGGAGAGGAAAGGAGUAUGUUGACAUUGUGUGGUGUGCUGUUUAUGAUUCCCCCCCUUCGCAUUGGUAGUUUUUGCAGCCCUGUGUGAUCCAUUAUGGGAGGGAAGACCCCUUGUGUGGUUUACAUAUACUGUACUGAGAAAACCCUCUUGCAAAGAGAUGAGCAAGAGCGGAAGGAGCUUCUUUUUUUUUUUUUUU